AUCCAUUUGACAAAAACUAUCUAAAACGUUUUUUUUUAAUCUUUGAUCCAAUCACAACGCAUAGAUCCAAUGGACAAUAACAACAACAACAACCAACCACCACCACCAACCUCCGUCUAUCCACCUGGCUCCGCCGUCACAACCGUAAUCCCUCCUCCUCCAUCUGGAUCUACAUCAAUAGUGACCGGAGGAGGAGCGACGUACCACCACCUCCUCCAGCAACAACAACAACAGCUUCAAAUGUUCUGGAAAUACCAGAGACAAGAGAUCGAACAGGUAAACGAUUUCAAAAACCAUCAGCUUCCUCUAGCUCGGAUCAAAAAAAUCAUGAAAGCUGAUGAAGAUGUGCGUAUGAUCUCCGCCGAAGCACCGAUUCUCUUCGCCAAAGCUUGUGAGCUUUUCAUUCUCGAGCUUACGAUUAGAUCUUGGCUUCACGCUGAAGAGAACAAACGUCGUACGCUUCAGAAAAACGAUAUCGCUGCUGCGAUUACUAGAACCGAUAUCUUCGAUUUCCUUGUUGAUAUUGUUCCUAGGGAAGAGAUCAAGGAAGAGGAAGAUGCUGCGGCGGCGGCUCUUGGUGGAGGAGGUAUGGUUCCUCCAGCCGCGAGCGGUGUUCCUUAUUAUUAUCCGCCGAUGGGACAACCAGCGGUUCCUGGAGGGAUGAUGAUUGGAAGACCGGCGAUGGAUCCUAGCGGUGUUUAUGCUCAGCCUCCUUCUCAGGCAUGGCAAAGCGUUUGGCAGAAUUCAGCUGGUGGUGAUGAUGUGUCUUAUGGAAGUGGAGGAAGUAGCGGCCAUGGUAAUCUCGAUAGCCAAGGUUAAGCUAUGGAACCAGAAGCUGAGAGCAGAUUCUAAUUUAUGUUUUUGUAUUCUUUUUGAGUCUUUCUCCUACUCUAGUAAUGAGCAGAGCAUAUUUUUGGAUAUCUCGAGUUUUUCUAGUGUUCUUUUAAAGGAGCCUAAAGAUGACAAGUUUUUUAAAGUUUGUAAAUCUCAGGGAAACUCAAAUACUUUUCUUUUGCUGAUCAAAAUGAUAUUGGCUAGUUUGGUUCUAUGUGUGUGUGUAUUUUCAGUUGUUGUGAAUCAGAGUGUUAACUUACUGCCGAGAUGUUAUCAAUUGGU